AUGAAGGUAAAAGAGGAACCAAGUCAACCCAACCAGGACGGCAUCGACAGCUUGCCACCAGGGAAGAGAGAGGUGAUGGAGAAGUUUUUUAAGCCCGUUCACAGCCCUUCUGCACCAGAUGAGAUCAAGCCACGUAAGAGCCAUCACCACCACCAAGACUCUCAGUCACACAGGUACACAAGGUUUGAUGACACUGACAGAAACGUUGAUGACAGUCGAGGGAACCAUCGCCACCAUCACCACAGUCACUACAUCCACGACAGCUCUCCCCAUGAUGCCCACUAUCCUCAUCAGUUUCACCAUAGCGAGGAAGAUGAGAUACUUUAUGACCACCGCACCCCUCGGCCAGCGCACUCCUUGUCCUGUUCCAACAUCCCAGAUGUGCGCAUAGGUUUCCAGGAAGACGACAGUAGCGAGCCCGUUGUCUUUGCUACCAUUCACCAUGGCAAAAAAGACAGUGUUUGUAGCGAGUUACAGGAAGGCUCAAAACAGAGGAGAAAGCAUGGUUUCUCUUCACUUGACCGAGGUCACAGUCGGAGUGAUGAAGGUUUUCUGCAGGGUAAUGACGAAGGAGAACAACCCAGAGCAUCGCACAUUAACUAUGGGCCUUUGUAUAAGACAGCUAGUUUGAACCGAAGCCUGGCUUUCAGUGAGGAGGACAUUCUGUUAGGGGUCUCCAGAGGUCCCAAGAGGGCAGUGUCUUCCAGCCAGCUACCCAGCAAAGGAAUCCUCAAGAACAAGGACAAUCAACCUGACAUUCGCAAGGCUAAGUCGAUGGAGGUGCUGUCCCCGAGAGUUUCCAAAGGGCAAAGUCAGAGUGGGCAGAAGGGUAAAGGGAUGACACCAGCUGAGAUACAGGAAGCGAGGGCCAAGUUUGUACAAGGAAAGGUACAAUUCUCUGCUUUUCUAGAUGAGAUUACUAAACAGGUUAUAAGUCCAUCGGAUCUCAACAUCUUGGGUGUGAGCAAAAUUAAAACUACUGAAAAGACAUCUGCCCCAGCCCCAACACCUGUCCCAGUCAAGCCUCAACUUCCACCCAAGAAGCACAGAGAGAGUACAGGUAGUGAGACGGAGCAACAUCGUAAACAUACCAGUAGAAAGGAGAAAGGAGCUUCCAGCAGCUCUGGAAGACACUCAGACUGCUCCAAUCCUGACAAACUGAUCUCAUAUUCAGCCAGGAACCACCACGGUAGCCCUCCGCCUCGUCACUACCCCCAUUCUGCCAACCACAACACCCAUCAUGCAAGCAGCCGUAAAGACCGGAGACCCUCGCCCACUGGAGGCUCCGUGUCGGAAGACAGAUAUGGCAGAAGUGGUCCUCACCUCACGGAUGGAACCAGCACCAGCCCUGAACCCACUCAGCCCAAACAACGGCACCACCGCAAACAGCAGCCCAGCACCUUCCACGCCCAGCAUACCCAGCACUUCCCUCAGCUGGCGCACACAGGCGCUGGGCAACAGGGGCCAAACGUCUCCCCUCCAUCCGCAGCCCAGGGUGCAGGGCCAGGUGUUGGAUCUGAGUCUUCAUCCACAAAAUCUGACUCAUCCAGGGCCAGAGACACAGCCUCCACAGCUACCAGCCACAGCUCAGAGCAGAGUGGUCGACACCAGUCACAGCAUGCGGGGCACCCUAAACAGCACAGAGACAUAAUGUGUGAUGCCGACCAUGUUCAGGCACUGCAGGAGGAGAAUGCAGAUCUUCAUCAGAACUUGCUGCAGACAGUGGUUUGCAUAGAAAGCCUGGAGGGAGAGUUACAGAGAACCAGGGACGAGCUUGGCCAUGUCAAGGAGAAAUAUAAAAGCCUUCUGCAGACACAUACUGGGACCAAGCAGGCCAAUAACCUGCUGGGGGAGCACUUGCAUAUAGCGUCAGAGAGCCUGAGCAGUGAGAGAAAGUAUCUGCUUAACCGUGUGUCCCAGCUGAACUCUGAGCUGGAGGACGCCCAUAGGACCAUCGCAGCCCUGGAGAACAUCAAUGUACCAUGUUUGAUAAAGGAUUUGUUGGAGAAGCACUUUGACUCAACUGAGGCCAUACAGAAGUUUCUCACAACUCCUGCUCCAGUUAGCCUUUUGGCCACGGCCCUACAAACAGAUGGCCAAUCACGUCCUCCUAAAGUGGAGGGGGUAGCACAUGAUUGGUUGACAAAAUCAGAAGCAAGUCCAGAGAGGGUCACAGCGUUCAUGCCAUUUAAGCAGGGCAUCCUGCCGACAGGAAAUGAAGGCAGUCUUUCAGGCCAAGAUGAACCGAGUCACAGCCCCCCAUUCUCUGUGGCUGACAUCAGCACUGCUAUCUAUAAGAAAAUGGCUGCCAGUUAUGCUGCCAGACCACAGCCUCUCUACCCCCAAAGCCAGCAGCAACUUUCCCCUGUUGGCUCUAACCACGCUGACACCUCUCCAGACCCCCGGCGGCCACGUGUGGGUGUUGAUAGCUGGAAUGGAAAGGGAGGGUUAAAGGUAAAGCCUUUGGAGCAGGAUGCUGAGGAUGUGAACUCCAUGUCCGCCCAGCAGAUCCUGGAUGAUUUCAUGCAGCAGCUGCAGGCUCACAAGGAGGCUGGUGGAGGGAAGAAGCAGCAGAGUGGGCAGGAGUGGGCGAGUGGAGUGGAACAAACAGGCAAAGUAGCUGACUGAAAAUGUCAUCAUCAAAGGACAUGGCAGGAUGAAUGUAUAUUCUCAUCUCAUUCCAUCUAAAUAGGAAUUUAUUUAUGUUUUUGUGAAAAGGUGCCACAUGCAAACACUGCUUUUCCAACAUGCUGUUUGCUUGUAGAUUAUGUACUUUGAGGUAAUCCAUGAAGAAGACAGGGGCUCAUAAUGUUGAAACAAGAAAAUUGCACAGUAUAAUACAAAAUUUCACACUCAAAGACUCAAAGAUCAAUAUUUGAAAGGAAAAACUUGCAGCAGCUGCAUCAAUACAAUGAACAACAAAGUAUAAUUCCAAAAUAUUAAAGAAUGAUUAUUCUAUAACAGUGAUAUUUCAAAGUAUAAUUUAGAAAUGUACGCCCAUUUAAGUGGUAAAUUUUAGAAUAAUGUGUCUUUCAUAGCCUGUACCCCCCCUUUUUUUUUGUAAUUUUCUCCCAAAUUAACAGAGAGGAUGUUGGUAAUAUAAAAUGUAAUCUGUCACGUAGAGGAUGAAGUCACUAUUAACAAUGUCUGGUUUUUAUGUUUCACAGCACCCAGGGUAGAGAGAAAGCACGUCUUACAUUGUCUACGAAUAGUAGAUAUUACUAGAUAUUAUUGUCAGCCAUGUGAAAAAUGUGAAAAUGUACCCGUUAACAAGUGUAGAAGCUUAUCAUGAUUUUAGAUUGCCAGCUUUUCAGUCCAGUAGUAAGCUUAACAGCUACGGUUGGCCUUUAAGACACAUUACUGCAAUGAAUGCAAGGUUUGUAAAAGUUGUUUGUGACUUAUGCUAAUUGUGUGCUUAAGGAUAAUAAACUCAAUUCAAUAAAUGACUUUUGAGUGUCAAAGGCUGAGAUAGCUACCUGAGGAAUGAAGCUUACGAUCUUUAGAAAUCCAUCUCUUCAAAUAAGUCUUUCAGACAUAUUUCAGCUGCAGAUUGUUGUACUGUAGGUGUCAACUAAAACAAUCUUGUUUCAACUUUUAUUCAUAAUAAUUUAAACAGGCACAAUUACCUCUUGAUUUUUAUGCAGAAAUACUUGAGUUUAUACUGUAUAUUUGUGAAUAGGAGCUCUUAACCUUGAGGGUUAUAGUCAGAACAGAAUAAAGAAAACUGUCAUUAAACUAAUACAUUUGUAAAUCAUUUACUGUAUUGUAUAAAAUAUAAUUUGGAUUUUACUGUGCAUGCAGAUGUUUGUGGAAAUAAUUAGUGAUUUUGUGCUUGUGUCAACAUGAUACGUGAAAUAGCCGACCUUUCCUUUUUGAAAUAAUAUGAUGUCUGGUGUAGAUGGGCAUGAAAAAAAAAUGGUACAGUUAAGACACAAAGUUGUGAUUGUGUUCAGGUAUUGUGAAGAUGUAGAUUAGGUGAAGUACAGCAGCUUAUUACUGUUAUUUUAAUCUUUUUAUCCCUAAUCUUUCUCUGUAUCUUGUCAUGAAAACUUCUAGUCUGUGUCAUUGCAGCUAUUCAAACAAUAAAGGUAAUCAUGUUAAA